GACAUUGGAAAGUUUGGGGAGACUAUAGUCGAGGAUGUUCUAUUUCCCUCCAGCAGAUGGCGAACGUCGGCCGCGAAGCUGUUAAACGCCCGGGAUUCUGCGAUUUGUACUCGACUCUAGGCCAAUAAUGAGUCACUCUUAUCCAACUUCAACUAGCCGCCCUGCGUAGCCAGCCAACAAAGUACCCAUGUCCGGUGAGUUGGCUUACCGGUCUCAUAUUGAUCCGACUCGCAGCCUCGUGUUACCCCGCUCCGAAGUAUCAGUCCGCAGCUGUAUCUUCGAAAAUAUCAAGUUAUUGCCAGCUGCGCUGCGUCAAAGUACAAGACUGCCUUAACAUCGACAAAAUGAGAUUAUCAUGUGCGCUUCUCAUGCUGCUGACUGUUGGCGUAUAUAGUGCCGAACUUGGAGGACGUACUGCAAAAGCGCUUUCAACCGCCGCUCCCGAUCGAGACGGACAGGAUCUUUUCCUAACUCCCCAAAACAACUAUAAUGGCUGGGUAAAUCCUGAAGAUCUCAGACCUAUGCCACAAUGCAUAGCGCAGCAAGAUCAGUCGACCUGGCUGGAAAUCAUGACAAAGUGUACUGCCAAACGGUGCACAUCCCAUUUCGGCUUCAUUUGCACCCAUCUUCAAUGGUUGACUCAUCUCGGCUGUCUCAGCGUUGCUUUCUCCUCAGAUGUUAUCGCAAGGUAUCUCCCCUACUGUGGCAGAUCGAUACUCGCCAAAGCGCAAUUGUAUUCAUGGAUUCGUGACAUCACGGGUAGAGAGUGGCUUGUCGAGGUCGGCGACACCAAUGAGCUCCAGAGCCUUUCCCCAGCCUCACUAGCCGAGGGGUACUCAACUGUGGACGUUCUCAAGACGGCGCCAGGAUGCCUCACCGGCUCAGUCUGUUCAUUUUCAAGGGAGCCUUUCCAGCGGGUAAUGGCUUCCUGUGGCUUUACAAGCGCAAGUCAUCACACAGGAAAUGCUGCCCGGCCCUGGGAAUAUGACGAGCCCGUGCGAUCCAUUAUCGCUCUUGAUUCAGAGACAGUUGGCUAUGACCUUGUCCAGCAGCACAUAAAGGAUGGCUACUACUUUGACAAGGGUUGCUUCUGCAGCUCCUUCGCUGUAGAUUUCGAAGAGGAGCCUUGUUCAGAUUCAGAACGAUUGGACUGGACGAAACAGCGCCUGUGGCUCAAUGCAACAUGUGGAUCAAAGUCCUUACCCGAUAACUGGACGGAUGCACUUCUAACUACACAAUUCGCCUUUAUUGCGCUUGAUGGUUGGAGCUGGCCCAAGUGCGUCAUGGAUAUGCCAAAGAAGGUCACUGGUCUUACAGAUCAAUGUGCAGCCGAUGCGUGUAAGCUCGAUUCUAGCGGAUACUGCCAAGUCACACGUGCAGUUGACAGGAAAUGCUUUUGCCAGCAUAUCAGCUAUGAUUCCUGUGAGGGUUCGUGCCAGAUAUUCGAAACCCGGAUAGACUAUAUCAGAUGGCUCCACGAUCUUUGUGGUGGGAUUCAGGACUGGCAAGGUCUACCAAAUAACUGGCGUCAGCUAUCUGCGCCCACCUUGACCGAGAUGAUACCAUGGCAAUGGGCUCUCAAGCCCUCCAUGGCACCGGAUAGUACCCCUAUUACUCAGCCUGGAGACAACAAAGCAACCGAAGCAUGUCCCUCGACUCAGUGGAAACUUGGAAGCUUUGCUAUUAUAAACAUAGCUACUUUCAUCGCAUUGCUUCUCUGUCAGAGGAAACACAUGCUUCAAAGCAAAAACGUCAAUUCAGAACACUCACAGCCGAUUUAUUGGGCUUUCAAGGGCAUUCUCCUUGCCACUAUCCAGGUCUUUGCCAACUUGUUCAGUUCUGUGCUGGUCCAGAAAAUUCCGGGCUAUGAAGAGGUGCCCAUAUUUCAACUGAUGCUUCUCUGGUGUUCAAUGCCUCGCCUUUCAUGGCUGAUGAUGUUCUUACUUGGUCUACAACAAUUCGGGCCAAAGAGCCUGUCCGCGGCUGCGUCUCUGUUAUUCGCGGAAAUACUCCUUCAGCUCCUAUCCGCAUAUUACAUACUCAUAACAGUCUAUUAUGGCUAUGAACACAACUUCUACCUCGGCACUGUAGAGAUAUGGGUACCUGCGAAAAUUAUGUACGCCGGAGCACUCAUGUGGCUAUUAACCGUUAUCAUGGCAUUUGCUGUAUCAAUUCGGGCGAUGCGCAAGGUGGAAAAGUCCCGUGUAUCCGUUUUCACGUCUCUGAAUAUUUCCGAAGAAGGAAUGCCGCCAAUAAAAGAAUAUAACAACAUACGAACGGGAAGGAUGUUUCAUCGCGCGACCGGAAGGCCAAGGGCCCCAGAAGAAGCACCAUUAAUAAGGGAUCAAAGCAAUCGCACAAGCUAUGACCCUAUUCUCGUCCAGCCUCGCCUGAUCUCGCUACCCCACAGGCCACGGCUUGCGGAAGUGUAUGCGGCUACUACGAGUUUCUUGCUUUUUCUUUGGAUUGCACAAUUGCUCUUCUGGGGUGGAUUUAUUGGUCUGAGUUCUGAAGAGUACGUAUUUCCCGCAUGCGCUAUGCAAAUUGCGGUCCACAUCGACUCACAAGCCGUGCUUAGGUUCUGCCCCCCAAUACUCGGGACCAUUUGGAAGCUGACACAGCACACCUACGUAGAAGUUCAAGGUGAUCUUCCAGCAGCCUUGCGCAAGCAUCAUGGUACGCCCCGUCCCGUGGUGGGGAUAUGGACAUGCAAUGCUUGA